AUGUGGGAUUCCACAUUCGGCAAAGAUUGGGCCGCCUUACUGGAGAAAUGGGAUACUAUGGAGGCCAUACUAAUUAGGGAGAAUUCCUUGGGAAAACUACAGAUGUCGAAGAAACGGCCAACUGUUUUGAAGAAAUGGUUGGAUGGGGCGCGCUCAUUCAGCGAUCCUUUGGUCAUUUCUGAUGUUGAUGAAUUUGGCAGUGCCAUGGUAGGGUGGUGGAACUCGCUUCAGCCGGGCUGGAGGCAAAGCACAGAAGGGCUGCCGCUACCAAAAUAUGCUGGAUCAUUUACCUGUCUGUGCAAAGGGGGUCAGAGUGGUAUAGUUGCAGUGUUGUUUGGUCUCUUCUGGUGGAGACGCAACUGCAAUGGAUCUUUGGAAUGGUCUGCUCUGGUGUCAGAUGUCAGUGAUAUGCUCAACGCCCUCCUCAAUGCCACCGCGCCUGCAAAGCACCGCAAGUAA